AACUUGCUGUCAAAUAUUCAUCGAGGUUUAUCUCAGCCCUAUACAGAUACACAACUUAUUGGUGGAGACUAUUUUUACUAUCACUAUGGUUGCGAUGGUGUUCAUGAUCAGGGUUGGGGCUGUGGAUACCGAAGCUUGCAGACAAUUGCAUCUUAUAUUGUCCAUAAUAAGAAGUCAUUAGUAUCAUCCAUAAUACCAACCAUUCGUCAUAUCCAACAAACGUUAGUCGAUAUGAAUGAUAAACCGAGUACAUUUGUUGAUAGCAAAGAGUGGAUUGGGUCGUUUGAGAUUUGCUUGUGUCUCGAAGAAUUAUACGGUAUUUAUAGCAAAAUCAUACAUGUAAACGACGGGAAUGAUCUAGAAAAAAAUGUAGCAAUGAUUCACGACCAUUUUGUUCAAGUGGGUACGCCAAUUAUGAUGGGUGGAAAUAUUGACAGUGCCGCAAAGACAAUAAUCGGAAUUUCUGCUGAUAGCAAAGAUGUCAAAAAUUCUAAGCUUUUAGUCGUUGAUCCUCAUUUUAAUGGCAAAGCUGAAAUAGAAAUACUACAACGAGAGGGCUGGGUAUCCUGGCGUUCUAUCGAUUCUUUUGUUUUUGAAUCGUUUUAUAAUUUCUGCUUGCCACAAUGUAAACUA